AUGGGUUCGAAAAAGAAGGACUUUGGUGGUUGUAGAGAUAUAAUCAGCGAUUUACCAGACGCAGUGAUUUGUCACAUAUUAUCAUUCCUUCCAACUAAAGAAGCUGCUUCAACUACCGUUCUUGCCAAAAGAUGGAAGCCUUUGCUUCGGUGUGUACCCAGUCUUGAGUUUGAUGACUCUUUGUGUUUCCAUCCUCCAAUGACUUACGAAGAAAGGAGCACGAAUGCUAGAAGUUUUAUGCGGUUCGUGGAUGGGGUGGCUUUGCAAGGGAAUGCUAAGAUCAACAGAUUCCACUUUAAGGGUGAAGAUAUCAUCGAUCAAAUGUGGGUGCUUGAAAUGAUACCAAAUGUGUUGAAACGUGGUGUAUCAGAUCUUGAUCUAGACAUCUCUUCGAUUUGGGAUAGUUUUGACUCGAUGUUUUAUCAUCUGCCUCCAAAGAUCUUUGUGAGCGAGACAUUGGUUAGGCUAAAAUUAAAAUUUGUACAAGGCGUCAACAUUAGUGUGGAAGGUGAUGUUUCUCUUCCAAUUUCCAAGAUUCUCCAUCUUGAUUAUUUCAAGAUAGUAACGGCCACGGGUACGUUUAACAAGCUUCUUUCUGGUUGUCACGCGCUCGAAGAAUUAUUGCUGUAUAAUUUGAUGUGGGAUAAGUCUUUGGAGCCUGGACCUUUCUUUGUGAAUGUGUCUAUCCCAACUCUCAAGAGACUAACGUUUCGUCGUUUUGAAGAGUUUGAUGAGGCUGAAGAUUUUAACAAAAGUGUGUCACUGUCAAUAUUCGAGAAUCCAAAUCUGGUUUACAUAGAAUAUAUUGAUUCUAUUGCGGAUAGGUAUCAACAAGUGAGUUUUGAUUCGCUUGUUGAAGCUAGUCUCGGACUCCGGCUGAGAUCUGAUCUGGUCUAUAACCAAAGGUAUCAUGAAACAGAAUAUUCUAUGUCAUUCAAGGAAAAGAGUAAUGUAACAACUCUUCUCACCGGAAUAUGCAAUGUCAAGAUCCUCUGCUUGUCUGAUAACACUCUUGAGGUACUUGGUUGCUGCCGUGAUACAAUACCGGUUUUCAACAACCUCAUUGAGUUAACUAUUGAGACUAAACCAGAUGGAAUAUGGAAAUCAUUGCCUGCUAUGCUCAAGAAUUGUCCAAAUCUAGUAACCCUUGUAUUCGAAGUAAUAUACAUACACAAUCCCUUUAAAUCAACCCUACCACGUUUUUCAACACACUUAGAUUCUGAAACUGUUUCAUUUAUGUUUCAGGGAAUGCAUCACAUAUAUUCAGAUAGAUGUGAGGAUGAAGACGGGUGCUUAUGCAGACAUCCUACUGGGUUUGGGGGGGAAGUGGUUGCUCGUACUUGCCUAUCAUCAAGUCCGGUCAAGGUUCUGAAGAUAUUGAACUUUGGUGAAAUUUGUGAUGAUCAUGAGGACGUUGAAGUCGAUGAUGAAGAUGAGGAAUUUGUUUAUUGCUUAAGGGAGCAGAUAGAGCAUGUCGAACACUUCAUAGAGAAAAUGCCGAAUCUUGAGCAAGUGAUAUUGCACUACUAUACAUCAAAUGAUGAAGAUGUGAUGAUGAAAGUGUUCAAGAAACUUGAGAAGCUUCCAAGAGUAGCUUCAGCCAACUGCAAAAUCCAACUAAUCUCGGAUAACCUAUCAUCUAAUGCGUCCGACUAAAUGGAGUCAUUGUCUUUAGAAGAUCCUUUUCUCAGGCUACAAGGUUUGUGUAGUUGCUAAAAGAUCUAAACUCAAUCCUAUGAUCAUCUUUGAAGACUCUUUUCUUUUCUUGUCUUGGUUUUAGAUCUAAACUCUUGUUUUACUUCCCUUAAUGACUUGUGUUUAAUGUUUCUCCAUUUUCU